AUGUCUUCUUAUGCUUGUUCACCUAGAGGUACAACAGCUUUCUAUUUGUAUCUCGUAGUUUUGUUAUGGGCAAGCGGCAAAUAUGUUACUUCUACUUGCGACAAAUAUUGGAGUAUGCUCAUUCCUAUAGAUAAAAAAACAAGUGAUCGAAUCGAUACUAUUUACCUUGAAGCGGAUUAUCAAACUUUCAGAAAGAACGAAACCCGCAAUGGUCAUCAACAUAUGCCAAGUAAUUAUGAACUUUAUUGUAAGUUAUCUAAGUUAUAUGACAAAGAUGAUGAAACAACUGUUGACACAAGUAGUAGUAACAAAAUACCAAAUAAAGAUAAUUUCUCAAAAUGUGCAGUUAAUAAAUAUACGAUAAUCCGUCAGUUAGGGCAGGCAGUUUUGGCUCAGUUUUUAAAGUUCGAAACUAAGAAAACAAUGAUAUUUGUGUUUUAA